GGACCAUGCGGCGCUUGACUCGUCGCCUGGCGCUGCCGAUCUUCGGGGUGCUCUGGAUCGCCGUGCUGCUGUUCUUCUGGAUAACCAAGAGGAAGUUGGAGGUGCUGGUGGAACCCGAAGUGCCGAGCUUCAAGCCUCCGGAUGCUGACUGGGAUGACACGUGGGACCAGUUUGACGAGCGGAAAUAUCUGAACGCCAAGAAGUGGCGUAUCGGGGACGACCCCUAUAAGCGGUACGCGUUCAACCAGCGGGAGAGCGAGCGGAUCUCCAGCAAUCGGGCCGUCCCGGACACCCGCAACACGAGGUGCACCCUGCUGUUGUACUGUGUGGACCUCCCCCCCACCAGCAUCAUCAUCACCUUCCACAACGAGGCCCGCUCCACCCUGCUCAGAACCAUCCGCAGCAUCUUAAACCGCACCCCUUUCCAUCUGAUCCAGGAAAUCAUACUAGUGGAUGACUUCAGCAAAGACCCCGAUGACUGCCAGCAGCUGAUUAAGUUGCCCAAGGUGAAAUGCUUCCGCAACGAAGUGCGGCAAGGUCUGGUCCGGUCCCGGAUUCGGGGUGCCGAUGCUGCCCAAGGCACCACCCUCACCUUCCUCGACAGCCACUGCGAGGUGAACCGGGACUGGCUCCAGCCACUGCUGCACAGGGUCAAAGAGGACUACACACGGGUGGUGUGCCCGGUGAUCGAUAUCAUUAACCUGGACAACUUUAACUACAUCGAGACUGCGGCGGAGCUCAGAGGCGGGUUUGACUGGAGCCUCCACUUCCAGUGGGAGCAGCUCUCCCAAGAGCAGAAGGCCCGGCGCCUGGACCCCACCGAGCCCAUUAGGACCCCCAUCAUCGCCGGGGGGCUCUUCGUGAUGGACAGGUCCUGGUUCAAUCACCUGGGGAAGUACGACGCGGAAAUGGACAUCUGGGGCGGGGAGAACUUCGAAAUCUCCUUCAGGGUGUGGAUGUGCGGGGGCAGCCUGGAGAUCAUCCCCUGCAGCCGCGUGGGGCAUGUCUUCCGGAAGAAGCACCCGUAUGACUUCCCCGAUGGCAACACCAACACGUACAUCAAGAACACCAAGCGGACGGCCGAAGUGUGGAUGGAGGAAUACAAGCAGUACUACUACGCCGCGCGGCCCUUCGCCCUGGACAAGCCCUUCGGAGAUGUCCAGAAGAGAAUGAACCUGAAGAGGUCUCUGCAGUGUGAGAGCUUCAAGUGGUACCUGGAGAACGUCUAUCCAGAACUCAGAAUCCCCAGUGAUUCCUCGAUCGAGAAGGGCAAGAUCCGACAGAGGCAGAAGUGCCUCGAUUCUCAUAAGGUGCCAAACGAAGAGGGCACCCACCCCCGGUUAACCUCCUGUGUCAAGAUCAGUGGCGAGGAUGUAAAGUCUCAGCCUCGGGAUCCCCAUGAGGACCUUCUCUGGCCUCUUCUCCUCCCAGAUAUGGGCCUUCACGUACACCCAGCAGAUCAUGCAGGAAGACUUCUGCCUCUCAGUCCCCACCGUGUUCCCUGGCGCCCCGGUGGUUCUCGUCCUUUGCAAGAAUGGAGAUGUCAAGCAGCAGUGGACCAAGAGCGGUUCACGCAUCGAGCACGUCGAAUCCCACUUCUGCCUGGACGCAGAUAUGUUUCGUGAAAUUGUCAUCAACCCAUGCGAGUCCUCGCUGAUCAGCCAGCACUGGGACAUGCAGAGCGUUUGAGGGGCCUUCCGGACCCCGCGUGUGCCAGGGAGUGGUGCAUCCCCAGACGACGCAGGCCUGGGCACCAGGCUGCCAGCAGCCGCCACUACUCCAGGCGCCCCGCUCUGGGAGCAGGGCGAGGCCACCCGCGACGGGAGCAGCUUCCUUGGGGAGGAUGGAGGGAAGGACUGACGCCAAGUGGGGCUCAGAGAGAUGCCCACGUGUUCUCAAUGCCGUUGAAUUCCAGCCCUGGCCGGAUCUUCCCCUCACUGGUACCUGGAAACAGAUAACCAGUGGGAAGUGUCUGUUCUUUUCCUUCUGGAAAUGGCACUGGGAGAGGCCAGAGAGAAAAGCCUUUCCUGUCACCAGGCCAGGACUAAAUUGAGAGGUAAAGAAUGGAGUUUGUUUUCAAAACAAAUAAAGAUAACCUUAGUUUUUGCUGUGUA